AAGUUACUUCCGGUUAGUUUGUGGUUUUGUCCAGGCAGUUCAGAGGAAGAAGGCACAACCCGAAACAUUUCGACUCUUUAACGUGAGGAAAUGGGGGCCUGUAUGGCUUUGUGCUCCUUGGCCAGCUGUGCCUCAUGUCUGUGUGGCUCGGCACCAUGUCUUGUGUGUGGCUGCUGUCCAUCCUCCAAUAACUCCACAGUGACACGGCUGGUUUUCUCUUUCUUUUUGCUUCUGGGAACUAUGGUGUCUGUCAUCAUGAUCCUACCUGGAAUGGAAACACAACUCCGCAAAAUUCCAGGAUUUUGCCAGGGAGGAACGACCAUACUCGGUAUCGAAAACCAGGUCAAGUGUGACGUUAUUGUGGGGUACAAGUCUGUGUAUCGCAUGUGCUUCGCCAUGGCCUGCUUCUUCUUUCUGUUCUCGGCCAUAAUGAUUCGCGUCCGGAACAGCAAAGACCCAAGAGCAGUGAUUCAAAAUGGAUUCUGGUUCUUCAAAUUUCUGAUACUAGUUGGGAUCACAGUGGGAGCGUUUUUUAUCCCAGAUGGAGCAUUUAAUUCUGUGUGGUUUUACUUUGGAUUAGUAGGAUCCUUCAUCUUCAUUUUGAUCCAGCUCAUUCUCCUGAUUGACUUCGCUCACUCAUGGAAUAAGAUCUGGGUUGAAAAUGCUGAGGAAACCCAGAACAAAUGCUGGUUUGCAGGUCUCUUGUCCUUCACCGUCCUCCACUAUGCGCUGGCUUUCUCUGCUGUGGUGCUUUUCUACAUUUACUACACGCAGCCAGACGACUGCACUGAAAACAAAGUCUUCAUCAGCCUCAACCUCAUCUUCUGCCUCAUCAUUUCUGUUGUGUCCAUCUUACCAAAGAUACAGGAAGCUCAGCCACAUUCUGGUCUCCUCCAGGCGUCCCUCAUUUCUCUUUACACCAUGUAUGUCACUUGGUCAGCCAUGACCAACAAUCCAAAUCGGAAAUGUAACCCAAGCUUAUUGAGUCUCGUCUCGCACGCCAACACCACCGCCACCCAACCAACUGCCAGCCCAGGCUCAGGACACGUGCAGUGGUGGGACGCUCAGGGCAUCGUUGGUUUGGUCAUCUUCCUCUUCUGUACUCUCUACGCCAGUAUCCGCUCAUCCACCAACGCUCAGGUGAACAAGCUGAUGCAGACAGAGGAGGGCACAGGUUCCGGUGGCGAGGGAGUCGUGGGGAAGGACGGCGUGCACAGGGCUGUCGACAACGAGGAGGAGAACGUCACUUAUAGCUACUCCUUUUUCCACUUCCACCUCUGCCUGGCCUCGCUCUACAUCAUGAUGACGCUGACCAACUGGUACCAACCAGACACCACCACACAAGCCAUGCAGAGCACAAUGCCAGCUGUGUGGGUGAAGAUGUGCUCUAGCUGGCUGGGCCUCGGGCUCUACCUCUGGACCCUCAUCGCCCCUCUUAUCUUCCCUGACAGGGAUUUCAACUAAGCACUCGAUGUCCUUGACUUGUUUGUCCUUCCUGUUUUCUCCUUGCACACUAGACAAUUUGAAGGAUGCUAUAAAAGGAUCUACAAAGGGUGAAAUGAAGACUUUGAAAUA